GAUGUGGCUCCAGGUGGACGCCAGGACCAUGUGUGUCCAGAUGUCUGAGUCAGGGCUCAGUGCUGGCGAGUCUCGAGUCCGGCCCGUGAGUGUGUGAGUGUGUGUGUGUGUGCGUGCGCGCGCGUGUGUGCAUGUGAUUGUGAAUGUCUGUGUCCCCGACGCUCCUAUAAAUAGCUUCUGUCUGGACAGCUUGCUCAGUCUGGCUGGGACGGUGGUUACCAAUGAGUCAAAGUUCUGGGCUCUGGUGUGUGGGACAGCGGCCUUGCUCCGAACCCGCGCUGGACAAGCCCGGCUGGAAGCUGGGCCGGCCUCAGGACCCUGUCGGGACCGGGAAGCCUCUCCUCCCUUCUCCCCGACCGAGAGCGCUCCUGGGGGAGUGGGGUUGAGUGGAGGACUGAACCCCCCUUCCUGCUCAGGCUCCUCCACACUUCUCCCUCACUCUACCCUUUGGGAGACCUUUUGCUCCUCCAAGCUCCAGUUUUCGGGUCUUUGUCCGGAGGAGGCGCUGCCCACUGAAGGGGCACAGGCCCCCCCCCCCCCCCCCGUAGCCCUAACUUGCUUGAGCCAGUUUUCUCCCAGCCAGACCCAGAGUCCAGGGGCAACUGCCCCGGAAGGAGGGCCGUCACUGGGUGACUCAUAAUUGUUUCCGCAGGCGGCUGCCAUGGGUUUUGGGCCCCUGAGCCUUUACAGUGAGGCACGGGGGGUAAAAAUAACCCGUGACCAGCCCCGUGGAGGCUGAGUGGCCAGGCUUGGGUGGUGGGGUCCUUUUCCACCCACCUCCACCCACUCCCCUCCUGCUGUUCCCAGCCCCACCCCGGCUGCCUGGUUUCCAGGCCUGGAGUUUCCGAGAGGACGUGCACACAGCCUGUGCUGGCAGACUUGGCUCGAAUUAAACCCGGGUUCGUGGCAAAGGCCCCCGGUGAACCAGGAAGGCUUGCCCAAGGCAAGAGGACAUGGCUGGGGAAUGUCCCCCAGGUGUUUGGAGAAGGGCUCCCUGCUGCUCCCUCCCAACACUGCGGAAGCACCUCCCUCCCUUAGCCCCCCUCAUUCUGUCAGGCCACCUUGGGAGACCCCCCACCCCCACAAGGUCCCAUUUGUCUGGUGACCAUUCCCCUAAGGGGUGGACACCUUUGGAAUCCACUCUUGGUAUUCCAGAUUUUUAAAGUAUGUCGGUCUUAUUUCCCCCUUCCUUGACGGUUGUACGGGCCGAUGUCAGCAGAGCAUUCUUAUUAUUAACGUGCUUGCCCAUGGCCCAGGCACUCGCUUUCCAGUGGCAGCCGAGGGCCCCCCCUCCCCCCCCGGCCUCUCUGCCUGUUGGAAGAAAGUGCAAGGCAGGGAAGAAAGCCACCUUAAAAACGGCAUACAGAAUGUAAGUAGUGUGUUGCAGGAGCUGAUGGAGAUUUCCAGGAGAGAGCAGGCGGAGCUGGAGUUCGUGCAGAUCCUGGUGAUCGUGGUGGUGAUGAUGGUGAAGGUGGUAGUGAUCACGUGCCUGCUGAGCCACUACAAGCUGUCCGCCCGCUCCUUCGUCAGCCGGCACGGCCAGGAGAGGCGGAGAGAGGACGGCUUUUCCUCGGAGGGGUGUCUGUGGCCCUCGGAGAGCACGGUGUCCGGCGGCGGAAUCCCCGAGCCGCAGGUCUACCCGGCGCCCCGGGCCGCAGAGCGCCUGGCCGUGCCGCCCUUCGCCCGGAGGGAGCGGCUGCACCGCUUCCAGCCCACCUACCCCUACGUGCAGCACGAGAUCGACCUGCCGCCCACCAUCUCGCUGUCGGACGGGGAGGAGCCGCCGCCCUACCAGGGCCCCUGCACGCUGCAGCUGCGGGACCCCGAGCAGCAGCGGGAGCUCAACCGCGAGUCGGUGCGCGCGCCCCCCAACAGAACCGUCUUCGACAGCGACCUGCUGGGCGGCGCCGUGCCGGGCGGGCCCCGCGCCCCGAGCAGCCACUCGGGCGUCAGCGCCGCGGGCUACGGCGGCGGGCGCCUGGGGGGGCCGCCGCCCACCUACAGCGAGGUCAUCGCCCACUACCCCGGGCCGCCCCUGCUGGAGGGGACCCGGCUCCACGCGCCCCACAUCGCCGCCCUGGAGAGCAAGGAGGACCCGCAGAAGGGCCGGCCGCUCUAGGGGCGGCGCGGCGACGCCGGGACACCGCCACCGCCGCCGCCACCGCGCACCCCCGCC